GGCCUUAAAUAAACAGAUAGGUCAUUCGAGUAACUCCGCGAGACAACUAGUGGAAAGGAGGAGGGAAACUAAAAACCAAAACCAUCAACUGAGAGUGAGAGCAAAACCAAGACGAUUUCUUUCCAAAAAAUUCCCGAAUUUCGAAUCACAUCAAGCUUCAAAACUUCUAUGCGACAAUUUUCGGGUUAGCUCAAGCUUUUUUAGGUUGUGAUUAGUAAUGGGGGAAGGAGAGACAGUUACUGUUGAGGUACCUGGGAAUGGAAUUGGUCAGGCUGAGAAGCCAGACGAAGGUGCGGUCGAAAAGAAGGAGAUAGUUGGUGACGAUAUGGUGGCGGUUAAAGAUAAGGGGGAGGAGGGUGUAACUGCGGGUGAUGAGAAGACGACGGCAGUUUCUGAAGUUGUUGAGGAAUCCGGAAAUGGAAUUGAGCAGACUGAGGAUGCAAAGAAAGACGAAGGGGAGAACGGGGUGAAGGAUUUGGAAGAUGACGGUAAGGUUGAGAAUGAGGAGAAAGAGUGUGUUAAAGAUGUAGAAGAAGGUGAUAAGAAAGAAGAGAAUAGAGACGAAGAAGUCGAGGGGGAGAAGCAAGUUGUGGAGGCGGCUGAUGGGGAGAGUGAUGCAAAGGAUGAGGAAAAGGGGAAAGAAGACGAGGAAAAACAAGAUGUGAAGGCUGAGGAUGAAGCUGAUGCAACAGGAGAUGAAAGUAAACAAGAAGGACAGGAUAAAACAGCCGACGUUUUGGAAGUCGUCGAAGAAACUGAUAAGGAGGAAAAGGUCAAAGAAGCAGACCAGAUACAACCUGUGGAAGACAAAAAAAUUGAUGAAACACCACAGAAUAGUAAAGAAGAGGAAGAAGAAAAAAGUGCUGAAGUAUCAAAGCUGGAUGAAAAAAAAGAUGAUGAGGAGGAAAAGAACAAAGACGAUGAACAGAUACAAGCUCUAAAAGAUGGAUACAAUGAUAGUAAAGAAGAAGAACAGGAAAAACCGUCUGUAGUUCCGAAGGUAGAUGAUAGUACAGAAGAGAAACAGGAAAAACCGGCUGUAGUUCCGCAGGUAGAUGAUAGUACAGAAGAGAAACAGGAAAAACCGGCUGCAGUUCCGAAGGUCGACGAAGAAAACGACAAGGAAGAAAAAAAGGAGCAAGUAGAACAAGAACAAGCCGUGAAACCUGAUGAAGGAAAUGAUGAAACAGAAGAUAACAGUAAAGAAGAAAAACAUGACAAAGCAGCUGAAGUUGUAAAGGCUGAUGAAGAAGCACGGAUAAACAAAGAAAAAGACAAAGAAGCAGAACUGGUUGAAGCAGCUAAAACAACAAAGUCCGACGGAGAAAAUGAUGCCGCAGAAGAAAAAAGUGAAAAGGAAGAACAGGGAGAAGCAACUGAAGUUGUGGCUCCUGUCAAAGAAAAUGCUACAUUAGAGGAGAAGGAAAGUGAGAAGGCUGGCAAAACGGCUGAGGUAAGCAAUAAGGAGGAAGAAAAUCCAAAAGUAGCUGUGGAGGUAAAACAGCCAAAGAAGCGUGUACGAGAGAAGCGAUCUGGAGGGAAAGCCGAAGUGGAGAAACUAGAGGCGGGUGAGACAAAGACUAAGGAACCAGUGACACCGGUCGCCUUUUCUACCGACCGUCCUGUACGUGAGCGGAAGUCUGUUGAGAGGCUCGUUGCCACUGUUGAACCCGAGCCAAUCAGAAAGUUCAGGGUAGAAAAGGGCCGUGGAACAGCACUGAAAGAUAUACCAAACGUGGCAAACCAGCUGAACAAACCAAAGGCUGAUGAGACAUUCAAAGCGCUUCAUUUAGCGCUCUUUGGAAGGCAUAUGAAGGCUUUCAAGAGUAACGUUUCCGAGUUCUCCGGUUUUCCAUGGCAUGAAAAUGAGGAGAAGCACAGAAGUAAGAUCAAAGAGAAGCUUGAUAAAUGUGUUGUGGAGAAACUUCUGGAGUUUUGUGACGUACUUGACAUACAAGCCCCAAAAAGAACCCGAACAAGAAAGGACGAAUUAGUGGCAGAACUUCUGAACUUUCUAGCAGCUCCGCGUGCGACAACUGAUGUUGUACCGGAAGAAGAAGAGCAGUUAAGUUCAGCUAUAAAGCGUAAAAGGGGUUCCGACUCAAUAGUACCGGUAUCUGGGAGCACAACCGCAAAGCGGUCAGCAAGAAAAAGAAGAAAGACCGUUGAUACUGUUAAAGAUGAGGAGAAGAAGAGUUCACUUGAAAAAGAAGAAGAUUCUGAAGAAGACAGAGAAAAUGAGAAUGGGGUUCCUGAUGCAUCUGACGACGAGGUUGCUGAGCAUUCUCAAAGCAAGGAUGAGGACAAUGACACGAAAGAAGAGGUGGAAGAGCCUACACAAGGUUCAGUCAAAUCAUCUGAGAAAGGAGCUUCUAGAAAAUCUGCAUCAAAGAAAACCCCAACAACACUUAAGGGAACUGAGCAUUCUAAAAGCAGGGAUGAGGACAAUGAUUCAGAAGAAGAAGCAGAAAAGCCUAAGCAAAGUUCAGUUAAAUCAUCGGCGAAAAAAGAAGCUUCUCGAAAAUCUGAAUCGAAGAAAACCUCGACAACCAAGGUUGCCGGGCAUUCUCAAAGCAAGCACGAGGAUGGUGAUUCAGAAGAAGAAGCGGAAGAGCCUAAGCAAGCUUCUGUAAAGUCAUCAGGGAAGAAAGAAGCUUCUCGAAAAUCUGAAUCUAAGAAAACCCCGCCAACUAAGGUUGCCCAGCCUUCUCAAAGCAAGCACCAGGACAACGAUUCUGAAGAAGAAGCGGAAGAGCCUAAGCAAGCUUCAGUGAAGUCAUCAGGGAAGAAAGAAGCUUCUCGAAAAUCUGAAUCAAAGAAAACCACAGCACCUAAAAAUCUAACUACUGUGAGUUCACCUAAAAAACAGUCUAGCCAAUCAACAUCCAAGCACUCUAAGGUUGAAAGCAGUCGCACGCGAACUCCAGUGGCCUCCUCGAGGAAGGAAAAGGAUGUGGAAACAGCUAAAAGGAAGCGUUCAGCUCCUUCGAAAUCUGCCGCGAAUGUGACGACAAGCAAGGAGAAAGUUGGUAAAAAGUUGGUGAAAGGGAAAGAUGAACAGGAUAAGGGUUUAAAUCCCUCCGAAGAUGAAUUACGCUGCACUAUAGUUCAAAUUCUGGAUGAAGUUGAUUUUAACACGGCAACAUUCACGGACAUCGUCAAGAAACUUGCCACGCACUACGAUACGGAUUUUGCAUCUAGGAAGGAUGUACUAAAACGUAUAACCAAGGAAGAGUUGUCUAAAAUAGCCGACGAGGAGGAAGAAACUGAAACUGAGGACGAAGAUGACAGCGAAUCCGACAAGGAAGAUGCUCCUAAACCUGCUGCGAAAAGGAUGAAAACUUGAUCACUCCAGCAGAAGAAGGGAUGUAUUUAUUCUGUUUCUUAUCUGUGUUAUAUUAGUUAACUUAAGUGAUCACACACACUGUACCCAGUAUGGCGUAGGGAAAUUCAGAACAGUAUGGGUUUUGUUUUUUUGGUUUCACCUUGCAGAAUGAAAACAUGUUACUAGUAUUAGUGAAAGCUAGGAAUUAGUGAAAAAUGUUGAGACUGCUCCAUCUGCAUAAAUGGAAGUCGAUAUGAUGUUAUAUAGAUCUGUAACUAUUUCUUUUUGUAUCUAUCUGACCCUAAUUUUUUGCUAUA